AUUUAAAUCUUCCGUCUGCAUUUUUGCUUCCCCCCCCCCAAUUUCUUCUCCAUCCAUCACAUCCUCCAAAGGCUGCAAUGACGGAUAUUGAGCGGGUUUCCAGCAGUUCCAUAACUAUGAAGGGAGGGGAGGAUAGUCAGUCCUCAAAGUCAUCGAUUGAUGUUGGACAGGAGCAUCUGGCCCGAGUGACUCCUCCCAGUGAGUCUUAUGAAGGAUAUCAUCGGUUUGAUCCCACGGCGUCAUGGACAGCCAGAGAGGAGAUAAGAGUGGUCUGGAAGACAGACUUCAUGCUGCUGACAGUGAUUUGUCUCAUGUUUUUUGGCCUCCAGCUUGACCGGGGAAAUCUGUCCAAUGCCUUAACGGACAAUUUUUUGAAUGACCUCGGCUUGACCACCAACGACUAUAACAAUGGUACAACUAUCCAACUUGUCUGUUUUCUAGCUGCCGAAUUCCCGGUACAGCUUCUCAUCAAACGCUUUGGAUUCAGAAGGGUCUUGCCCCUGAUGAUGCUUGGGUGGAGUUUGGUCUCAUGGACCCAAGCCUGGAUAUCCGGACGUAAUUCAUUCUACGUGACGCGUGCGCUGAUCGGGGCCUUCGAGGGCGGAUUUAUCCCUGGAACUAUCUUGUUCGCAACCUACUUCUACAAAACCAGGGAGCUCUCUGUGCGACUGGCCUUUCUUUGGUCAACAUUAAAUGUUGCGCGUAUCGUUUCUUCUCUUCUUGCGGCUGGAAUCCUCGAGAUGAGAGGCGUCCGGGGAAAGCCCGGCUGGUUCUGGCUCUUCCUCCUUGAUGGACUUAUCACCUUUGUCAUCGGCUUGAUUGGCUUCCUCUACCUCCCCAGUUCCCCGACGAACACCAAAAGUAUCAUAUAUCCCCGGGCAUGGUACUCAGAACGGGAGGAGGUCAUUAUGGUCAACCGGCUUCUUCGCGACGAUCCAUCCAAAGGCCUCACCGGCAUCCACGAAGCCGCCACAGUUCGAGAUGUCAUUGACGCCUGGAGCGACAAAUCUAUGUGGGGGCUAUACUUGAUCGGCCUGAUUGCCUAUAUUCCUCAGACUCCGGUCCAGGCAUACCUUUCCCUCACACUCAAACGGCUCGGCUUCUCGACUUUCGAUUCCAACAUGCUAUCUAUCCCAUCUGCUGUACUUCAAAUCAUCCUGAUGAUUGCUCUAUCAAAGAGCAGUGAAUAUUUCGAGGAGCGCACAUUCCACUGCCUGUUUGGUGAAUUUUGGUCGCUGCCGUUGUUGGCUGCAUUGCUCGCCAUUCCUGCCCAGGGAUAUAACUGGCCCCGGUUCGCCAUUACUACCUUAAUAUCGGGAUAUCCUUAUUUCCAUCCUAUUGUUUCGGCAUGGAUCUCUGAAAAUACUUUUGACGUAAAGAAGCGAGCGAUCACGGCUGCCACAUAUAAUGUCAUUGUCCAGGUUGGAGCUGUGAUAUCUUCUCAAAUCUACCGCAGUGACGACGCGCCGUACUACUACCGGGGGAACAAAGUUCUGAUUUCUGUCUGUGCCCUUGCGAUUGUAGUUUUCGUGAUUCAGCGAGAGCUUUUGCGACACCUAAACCGCCAGAAGGAACGCAAAUGGGAAGCCAUGUCUCAAGAGGAACGCAUGGUGUAUCAAUCAGAUCUUGCAGAGCGCGAAAAGGAGGGAAACAAACGUCUGGAUUUCCGCUUUAAAUAUUGA